CGCGAGCCUUAAAUUUUGCAAAACGUUGCAAAAAUUGAAAAACAUUUCCUUACAUAAAAUAAUAAUUUCUCGAAUAGAACUUUCUUUACAAAAAAGUAUUAAUAUAAAUCAAACUUCAAAUAAUAAUUUCCUACUAGCUUUACAAAGAAUUUCAUUGUGCUAAGCAAGAAUGCUGCGGAUACCGGUCAGACGAUUUCGAAGUGAUAUUUCGCGAAAGCCUUAUUUUUUACGAUCAAAAUCGUCUAGUGCAUACUUAAGGAAAACAUUUAUAGAUUAUUUUAUUGAAAAUCACGGACAUAAACAUGUAAAAUCAAGUUCGGUUAUACCACUUUGUGAUCCUACGGUGCCGUUUGUAAAUGCUGGCAUGAAUCAGUUUAAAGGAGUAUUUCUGGGCAUGGUUGAGCCACCUUGUCCUCGAGCAGUAAAUUCACAAAAAUGUGUGAGAAUUGGUGGAAAACAUAAUGAUUUAGACUUAGUUGGACUGGAUGGCACUCAUCAUACAUUUUUUGAGAUGCUUGGCAAUUGGUCAUUUGGUGAUUAUUAUAAGAAAGAUGCCUGUAAAAUGGCCUGGGAUUUGUUACUAGGGCCAUAUAGAUUAAAACCGGAGAACCUGCUUGUCACAUACUUUGGAGGUGAUGUUGUUAUUGGACUCACAGAGGAUAGGGAAUGUAGAGAUAUAUGGAAAGAAAUUGGGGUCAAGGAAGGUCAUAUCAAAGACUGUGGUGCAAAGGACAAUUUCUGGGAGAUGGGUGUGAGUGGUCCAUGUGGACCAUGUACAGAGAUUCAUUACAUACAUCCUGAUGGAAGCCUUACUGAGAUAUGGAAUAUUGUAUUUAUUCAGUGUAAUAGAGAGACAGAUGGAAAAGUAACUGGUCUUCGACGUCAUCAUGUUGAUACAGGAAUGGGAUUGGAAAGGAUUUGUGCACUACUCCAGGGUGUGCCUUCAAACUACGAUACAGAUUUAUUUAGACCUAUUAUUACAGCAAUUGAAAAGAAUAGCAAGAACGUAUCUCCAUAUUCCGGAAGUUAUAGUCAGGAUGCAACGUUGGACCAGUAUUACAGACGUUUAGCAGACCAUGCAAGAAUGAUUAGUAUCUGUUUAGCUGAUGGCGUGUUCCCAUCAACAAGUGUAAACCUUAAACAAAUAAUGAAAAAGUCAUAUAAAAUUUGCUCGGACGUCUUCCAUAACCCAAAUUUACUUAAUACACUAUACAAGUACGUGGCAGAAAGCUUGGGUGACACGUACCCGGAACUAGUAAAGCGAGAAAGGGACGCCAUGCUUAUCUUAGACCAUGAAAGAGACAGCUAUAGUAAACUACGUUCAAAUUUGAGAAAGAAAUGGAAGGAUUUAUUGAAACAAUACCCAGAGGUUGAGGCGUUUAAUGACGUGGAGUUGGCGGGUUUUGCACUUGGAUACAAGGAGUUAAAGCAGGGCAUGAAAAAACACAACUCCAACACAAUACCAGGAGAGCUGGUUUUCAAAUUAUAUGACACGCACGGUUUCCAAGAAGAUAUAAUAGAACGCAUUGCCACACUCAACAAUUUCCAGAUUGACAAGAAAGGCUUCUGGAAACUACUAUCGCAGCAUAAAGCUAGACACAAGACAUCCUUUAAAGAACAAACCCCUACAAAAGGCGCGCUUUUUGAUCAAGCGAUACAAAACAUAGUCAAAAAUGGAGUAAAUGGUACCAAUGACAGUCCAAAAUACGAAUACACAAUAGACAACAAACUGACAUUCCCGCCUUUGAAAACAAAAGUCUUAGCUAUAUUGAACGAAAACGCUGAAUGGGUGGACUUUUUAGAUCCAUGCGAAACCAGACCGUAUUACAUAGUCACAGAAAGCACAAAUUUCUAUACGGAAGCUGGUGGGCAAAAGGCAGACACUGGUAUAAUAAAGUUCAGUGAACACGUAAAACUAAUCGUAGAUAGUGUUUUUAAAAUCCGUAACUUUGUGAUACAUAAAGGGUUUUUCAAACUACAUAGUGACAGUCGUUAUGUUAAUAAUUAUAGUGAUGUGACAGUGAUCAUAGACAAUGAAAGAAGACUAAAUUUAAUGAGGAACCAUAGUGGUGUGCAUUUAUUGAAUGCAGGUAUACGUAAAGUGUUGCCGAAUAGUAUUGUUUGUCAAAUUGGUUCAAGUGUUAGUGAUGUGGGACUUAGUUUAAGUUUGGUGGUGUAUGGUGAGAAAUUGUCACAGAAGGUGAUAUUGGCCGCUCAGGAGUUGAUAAGGGAAUCUAUAAAAUGCAAUUCAAGCGUGGAAACAAAUAUAAUAGAUAGUACCCAAUUAUCAUCCGAAGAUAACAUAAUGACUGUUCCUGGGGAGACCUAUCCUGAGACAGGUCUUCGUGUGGUUACUUAUUCACCUCCUUUGGUGUCAAGGGAACUAUGUUGUGGUACCCACGUUCCAUCAACGAAGGUCAUUGGCGAUUUCUGCAUAACUUCAGUCAAAGCAGCUAAUAGUCAAAACCCUACUUUAUAUGCGCUGACCGGUGAUUUCGCAAUCGAGGCACGUGAGCUUUUCUGCCGUGCUGAAAAGCUUUCGCAAGUUACAGAUCUCGCAGAUCCUGAAAGAAUCCAAAAUGAAGUGGAAAAUAUUCGUCAGCAGUUGGCUAGUUUGUGUGGACCUGGUGUACCCUGUGGGGAACACUUGGCCUGCCAAAAGUUACUUGACAGUCUCCUCAAGAAAGCUGCUAAUCGAAAUGACGUGGCUUUACGAUCAAUAGCUGAAACUGAAAUAUAUGAAGCGUGUCACGAAGCUAUCCGCGAGGGCCGACGCUUUGUUGUGCAUUUCUUACGUUGUUCUUACCUUAUGCAACCUCCAGCCGCCGCUUUAGCUUUAGCCAAUACACGCACUUACCCACAAACAACCACAGAUACAUUUGAAAUAGCUAGCAGACAUUUACAUCCAAGCAUCGACAAAUCCAUAGACAGCAUUGAGAAAACCAUAGACUCAAUAAAUAUACUGAAACAAUCCAUAGACAAUGGUGUGACACAGAAUGAUGUCGCUAAUGGCGAACUUCCGGCAAUUUUAUUGGGAUGCGCGGGAGGUAUUAUAGUCGCUGUGGCUCGGGUACCACAGGAAUUGGUGAGCGAAACAUUUACAGCUGAAAAGUGGUUAAAUUGUAUUCUGCCUAUAUUUCAAGCUGAGAGAUCGCCCAAUCGGGACGGAACAUCACCGCUAACACACGCACAAAUGAACGCUACUAAAGUGAGCCUUAUAACUUGCGAGCAAAUGGUGCAAGACGCACUGCGCGUGGCCAUUAAGUUUGCUCAAUCACACGUUACUGAAAAGGUUGGAGAUGGGCCAACAGAGGAUAUGCAACACAGUUCAGACUACUAGAGCCAACUUCAAAACAUGAGGUUAUAAAUGUUGACCUGUAUGUGUACAGCGACAUUACUAAUCACAGCUACUGAAAAAAGUAGUUUUUUUUGUGUAUAGGUAUUUUAUUACGAACUUAAUGAUAAAGACUAAAGACGAUGAUAAUGACUUAGUACCUUUUAAUAUUUUUCUAUUCCUAAAUCUUAUUAAUUCUAUAAAUUUUAACACCAUUAUUUAUUUCCUUUGAGUGUGGUUAUUUUUUCGCAAAAUACAGUGUGUAACGAUAUCCCAGGUUAAUGAUUUGACUAUUAAUAGAUCUGAGGAUAAAAAUCAAAGUCGAUACCUAGCGUAAGUAUGGCUAUUGGAUUUUGACAGACGGGAGUCAUACUUUGAGCUAAGUCUGAAUUUUGCUCAUAGUUUAUACCAUAUUUCCAUCAUUAUGGAAUAUGGUAUAUAUAUUUACGGAAUAUUUGUUAUAUUAUGUAUCUUUGUUGGCUUUUUAAUAUUCAUAAUAAUUAGGUCAUGGAAAACAGAAUAAAA